AUGCCGCACAUGUACGGACUUCGGACCUUAUCUCUACCUCCCGACGACCUCUCGCUGUUGUUUCAAGUGCAGCAUUUCGGAGUGUCUCCCAAGCAACUCAAAUCUGUUCCGAUAAUCUCUCAUUCUCCAAACACUUCUCUUCUAAAGCGCAACAUUCGCAUGGUUGACGUUUCCCAAGCCGAAGCCUUGGGUAUACAAAAACAUGGAAGUUUGCAGAAGAUGAAAGAACUUUUCGAAGCCCAUUGGAGAGAGCGUGAUCGCAAAAUAGACAUGGCAUUCUGGAAAUGGGAGGAAAGCGACUACCUCUCCAGGAAGCCUCGUUUUCGAAGCAUCCCCGUUUGCUUGGUCGAUGAUAACUACCCGGCCUCCGAGUGGAGGCUGCAAGGAACCACCACAUUCCCAUAUUGGGACCGCCAGACAGCCAAACUGGAGCCAGGUGCAUACUGUCGUGCGUGCACUUACGACUACAAGAACCGCCACGGCCCGUACUCAGGCCCGCAUAUGCUCUCCAUGAAAAUGAGCAGCGAACCAUAUUACCGGGCUUUCUUGGAGGCUGAUUUGCCGAAGCACUUCCUCCACUGUGAUGCAGCGAAGGCAAAUUACAAUUUCCUGAAUCAGGAAAGGAGCCGCCACUAUUAUUAUCGCAGGACCGGAUCUGACUUUUAUGUGGAUGUGAAUCGGGCGGCGCGAAGGGAGCCAAAUGAGGAACAGGACGUGGACGGAAAGGAGGAGGGGUCGAAGAGCAUGGAGGAAGAUGAUGAACAGAAAACUGAUGAGAUGAUCAUGCUGUAA